AUGGAAGCAGUGCAGAGCGGCUCCACAGCUGGCAGGUCUGCUGGUGGGGGCUAUGCCAGCACUGGGCAGCACUCUCUGGGCGGCGGGUACACCGGCAAGGCGUCUGACAUCACUGGCGGCGAGACUGGUGGCUUCAAGGAUAUCACUGGUGGCGACAAUGGCGCGCGCGCAGAUGCCCCCAAGAAAGAGGGAGACAGCAAAGUGGGGGGCUUUAAGGACAUUGUGGGGGGAGUGACCGGAGGCAUCAAGGAUCUGACCGGCGGCAAGUCAUCAGAGGGCUUCAGUGGCCUGACCGGGGGCAAGACUGGCGGAUUCAAAGACCUCAUUGGAGGCGACACAGGCAACAUGGAAGAUGUGGGCCUGGGCCAGAAGACUGGCACUCCCUCUUGA